GAUCGUGAAAACUCGUAUAGGGUUGCAUUUGCUACGUUCCGACACUCAUGCCUCAUCCGUUGUGUACACCGCACGUAUUCAAGUGAUUUUUUAAGGACACUUAUUCUAAAUAAAUAAUUGAAAAAUUUAACGGUUUUUUGAGGUGGAGAAACUCUCAGUGAUCUACUAAUUUUCGUGAAUUUCUGAAAUUUGUGGUGAAGAUUUACAAUGAUUUCAAGAGGACAAUUCUUUUCCUGCUGCGGAGUUUUACUUGUACUCGUUAUCAACUCAGGGGAAGCCUUAGAAUGUUACCAGUGUCUAUCACGUGCGCUUGCCGAUGACCAGUGCAAGGGCGACUUCAUAACGCAAAAGGGAAACCAGGAUGUGGUGAACUGUUCGCAAUCGAAGAUGAAUGAUUGGCAUCAUAAGAUGAAUAAUGACAGAGACCUGCGGUACUUGGCUUCUGUCUUUGAGGUGGCUCAGAGUCACUAUCCCUCGCCAGAACUGGAGGAGUUCUCCUGCAUCAAGCUUAAACUGAAAGUCAACAACGAAUGGACAACCAUGAGAACCUGCCAGUCAAAGCAAACAGUAGUCCUCGAUCCCUGCAAAAAAGUUGAGCAGGGCGCAAUGAAUCACCCGGAAAAAGCAAUAACUGUCGAAUACUGUGGACUGUGCACCAAGGACAAGUGCAACGGCACAGGAAUUAACUCAGCCACUUAUCUCGCCACCUUUCUGUCUCUCGUGGUGACACUCGGUCUCAUGGGUUAUCUCCAUCGAGCUGUUUAACCUCCUCCACAGUCACAAAUUGAGGAAAAUGUGAGAAUAUGAGGGAGAGCCUUGAACAAAUAUAUUAUAUAUAUAUAAGGAGAAAUGAGCGCUAUCUGCCCACUCGUUGACAUCACACAUCACAGCUUCAUACCUAUUAAUUAUCUCAUGAUUUUUUUUCAAUUAACGACACAAGAAAUGAGAUUAGUGAACUAGAGAAGAGAAGUGACAGUUCAUUUUUGAGAGUAAAAAUUAUAUUUCCACAUUGAGAUUCAGUAACUUUUUUAUUCUGUCUGUGAGAAUAUUUACUCAAUAAUUAUUCGAUUCCUUCGUCAGAAAUAAAUAAUGAUACAUAAUCCUGCGAAGCAACAAUCCAAUGUGUUUAACGAAAUAAAUUUGAAAAAUUUGUAAUGAAGAAAAAUAAGAAAAUAGUUUUCAGUGAUUCGAACACAUUCAGCAACGCUCUUUCUUUGAUUAUCAGCAUUGGGGCUUAAUUAAUGAUAAGUAAUUAUUUCUAAAUGAUUUGAAAUUGAACCAAAUACUUGUAACUCAUGAUUUUUGUAUUCAAGUGUGCGUGGAACAGAAGAUAGGAUUUAUAAUUUUUUUAUUGUAAUCACAUAAGGAUUAUUUUCAUAGCACAUUCAACAUUUUUUUAAUGAUAAAGUGAGACGAUUUUUAAUUGCAUGGAGGAGUAGCGGGAAUUCAUGAGUUUCACCUAGUGGCCUGAAGAAUUAUUGUCUUUCAUUUAAUUAAGAACACGACAUCAUUAUGAAUGAAUUGCGUGCCUCGAUGAUGCCUAGACCGCCUAAAGUAACUCCAUUAUAAUGUAUAAAUUAUCUGUAAACACUUGCAACCAUAAAAAGGUGAAAAUAAUCAGAUAAAGCACUGAUAACGAGGUCAACGAUUUAUGAUUUGAAGAAUGGAGGGGAUGUUCAAAAUAAUGUAUUUCAGGAGCUUUCAAAUACAUGAGAAAACAAAAUUAUACUGGAAUAUGUACCAAGACCACUUUACCGGCAAUAAAAUUGAUUAAUCUGAUCGUAACAUAA